UGUAGGGGGGAAGGGCAAUAGGGGGAGGGUACUGGGGGCCUCAAUAAGUCAUCUGGUUCAGGCCCCUGCACUAAGAUAGGACUAAGUAUUAUGUGGACCAUCCCUGACAUGUGUUUGUCUCACCUGUUCUUGAAAUCUAACCUCCCUAGAUACAGCUACGAAGGGGAAGCUUCAUUUCCGAGCAGGUCCUGCUGAAUUAUCCUUUGGAGAACUGAGCAGACGUGAGAAAUGUCUUCUGAUGAUCACUGGUCUGCGGAGGAAGAAGACAGUCAAGUAUCUAAACUGACACGGAAAGCCAGAGACUCUCCAUUUGUUCCUGUAGGGAUGGCAGGCUUUGUUGCUGUCGUGGGCUACGGUCUCUACAAGCUAAAACACAGAGGAGAUCAGAAAAUGUCAGUCCAUCUCAUUCACAUGAGAGUUGCAGCACAAGGCUUUGUAGUAGGAGCAAUAACAAUAGGUGUUCUCUUCUCUAUGUAUAAGGAUUACGUUAAACCUCAGAUCAAGAAUGGGGCCAAAAAGUGAACCAACUCCAUAGGACCAAGCAGGAGAGGAAAGCAUAUGUUCAGAAUUAUUUAUUUAGAAUUUCUCUCUGUAAACAUUGUAAGAAUUUUAAGUAAUCACCACCAGGACUUCUGUUAGCUCUGCCAUUGAAUGGCUGCUCUAUGCAAAAGCCAACUGUUGGGAUCAAUACCUAAACUCACAAUAUCUAUGUCUAUGAUGCUAGAGGCAAUAGACUCUUCGUGACUGACAGCACAGUCAGUAUCAAUGUUUCAGCAUUUCCUGCCAGCUAGAGUACUGUGCAAGGAGGAGACCUGUUAUCUAGGGCAGAGGCAGCCAUCGACCUACAUCAAGCUCAGAAUGUUGCAGUACUCCUCCCAUGCAGCCUAGUUAGGAAAGAGGGCUACAGUAUGGUAAGAGAGCAUUACAAGAUUGUUCUUUGGGGUUGGCAGUAGACAGUUAACAGAAGACCUGAAUAGUCGAAUGUCUUGUACCACUGCUGGUUGUCUAAAUGUUUCGUAUAAAUAUAUUUAGUAGGCUGCUGUUUGUUUAUGCUGUUUUAUUUAUUAAAUCUUUAUAUAUAGUGUAACCCACUUGGUUACAAUAAAAUACUCAUGUUUUAA